AUGCGACUGCUGCUCCCUUUCCUCCGGGGACGCAAGCUCGAGGGAGGCCGUGGUUUCUUCCCAAGCUUCUCCCCUUUCGGAAAGCGCAGGGGCGGAUUCGGCGCUUCACUGGCUAGACACCCAGUGUCCUUUGACGAGGUGGCCAUGUUCUUCACGGAGGAGGAAUGGGCCCUGCUGGAUCGGGACCAGAGAGCCCUCUACUGGGAAGUCAUGCAGGAAAACUACGAGACUGUGGCCUUUCUGGCAGAAGCAUCAGAGAUGGAGAGUGAUGGAGAUCCAGGGGAGAAGCCAUAUAAAUGCUUGAAGUGUGGAAAGGACUUUACUCAGAGUGUGCAGUUACUUAUACAUCAACAUAGUCAUACUGGUGAGAAGCCAUAUAAAUGCUCAGAUUGUAGCAAGAGUUUUACUCUCAAAUCUGUGCUUAAUAGACAUGAGAGAAUUCAUACAGGGAAGAAGCUAUUUAAAUGCUUAGAGUGUGGAAAGAGCUUUACUCGACGUGACAAGUUUACUUCUCAUCAAAAGAUGCAUAAGGAUAAACCAUAUAAAUGCUUAGAGUGUGGGAAAAGCUUCUCUCACAAUGCACUCUUACUUGCACAUCAGUGGAAUCAUACUGGGGAGAAGCCGUUUAAAUGCUUAGAGUGUGUGAAAAGUUUCUCUCAGAAUGCACAGUUACUUGCACAUCAACGGAGUCAUACUGGGGAAAAACCAUAUAAAUGCUCACAUUGUAGCAAGAGCUUUUCUUUACUUGUACAUCAGUCGAGUCAUACUGGGGAGAAGCCAUAUGAAUGCUCAGAUUGUAGCAAGACCUUUAUUCUCAGAUUGAUGCUUAAUAAACAUAAGAAGAUUCAUAUGGGAGAGAAACCAUUUAAAUGCUUGGAAUGUAGAAAGAGCUUCAGUCGACGUGACAAGCUUACUUCACAUCAAAAAAUUCACACAGGGGAAAAACCAUAUGAAUGUUUGGAGUGUGGAAAGAGCUUCAUUCGCCGUGACAAACUUACUAUACAUCAAAGAAUUCAUACUGGAGAGAAGCCAUAUAAAUGCUUGGAAUGUGGAAAGAGCUUCUCUCAGAAGUUCAGCCUAACAGGACAUCAACGGAUUCAUACCGGGGAGAAACCAUAUAAAUGUUCAGAUUGUAGCGGGAGUUUUUCUUUUAAAUCAAGCCUUAAUGCACAUAAGAGUAUUCACACUGGGGAGAAACCAUAUAAAUGCUUGGAAUGUAGCAAGACUUUCCGUCGACACAGCAGCCUUACUUUGCAUCAUACAGUUCACACUGGGGAGAAGCCAUACAAAUGCUCUGUUUGUAGUAAGAGUUUUUCUCUCAAACCAAGCCUUAAAAAACAUCAGAGGAUUCACACAGAGGAGAAGCCAUAUAAAUGCUUGGAGUGUGGGAAGAGCUUCCAUCGCUGUGACUACCUUGUUGCACAUCAAAGAAUUCAUACAAAGGAAAAAACCAUAUAG